AUGAUGGAGGAUCACCUGUCGAAGAUCCCCAUGGUGCCGUCCUCGUCCCCCUCUGAGUCCUCUGGGAGUGGUGGGACUGAGGACAGCAGAGGAGCCAAGAGUCCGGCUCCAGGCAAAGCUCUGAGCCCGGCCCUGGUGUGCAGAGUGUGCGGCGACACCAGCAGCGGGAAACAUUACGGCAUCUAUGCCUGCAACGGCUGCAGCGGCUUCUUCAAACGCAGCGUGAGGAGGAGGCUCAUCUACAGGUGCCAGGCUGGUACCGGUAGGUGUCCAGUGGACAAAGCCCAUCGGAACCAGUGCCAGGCCUGCCGACUGAAGAAGUGCCUGCAGGCGGGCAUGAACAAGGAUGCCGUGCAAAAUGAGCGUCAGCCCCGUAGCACAUCUCAGGUCCGCCUGGACUCCAUCGAUGUGGAUCCUGAGAAGGAGCACCUGGCCACCACACGAGAGCCCACCUCCUCUUCUUCCUCGUCCUCCUCCUCUUCUUCUUCCUCCUCCUCCUCCAGUGGCUCUGUCAUCACGUGGCCCCACAUCACCUCCUCCAUGUCCAUCACCUCCUCCGUGGCCCCCCAGCACUGCGUCAGUCCCCAGAACAACCACCGCUUCAUGGCCAGCCUGAUGACGGCAGAGACCUGCGCCAAACUGGAGCCCGAGGACGUGGAUGAAAACAUAGACGUGACGAGCAACGAGCCGGAGAGGCCGUCCUCGGAGUACCACAUGGCUCUGUACCCAUCCAGCUCGGAGAACGUGUACGAGACCUCGGCCAGGCUGCUUUUCAUGUCGGUGAAGUGGGCCAAGAACCUGCCGGUCUUCUCCAACCUGCCCUUCAGAGACCAGGUGAUCCUGUUGGAGGAGGCGUGGAGCGAGCUCUUCCUGCUCUGUGCCGUCCAGUGGUCUCUGCCGUUGGACAGUUGUCCCCUUCUGUCUCUGCCUGACCUUUGUCCAGGCAUGCAGGGCAAGACCAGCUACACCAGCCUGGACCUGCGCCUCCUGCAGGAGGUCUUCAGCCGCUUCAAGGCCUUGGCUGUCGACCCCACCGAGUUCGCCUGCCUCAAGGCCAUUGUGCUCUUCAAGCCAGAAACUCGAGGUCUGAAGGAUCCAGAACAAGUGGAGAACCUCCAAGAUCAGUCUCAGGUCAUGCUGGGUCAACACAUCCGCUCACACUACCCGAGCCAGCCAGCCAGGUUUGGAAAGCUGCUGCUUCUUCUUCCUUCGCUGCGGUUUGUGAACUCUGAGCGGAUCGAGCUGCUGUUCUUCCACCGGACCAUCGGAAACACGCCGAUGGAGAAACUGCUGUGUGACAUGUUCAAAAAUUAGAAACUCAGAGGAGCUUCCAGAGUUUUCAAUGAUCUCCCAGGUCGGCUGGGAGGAUGGCAGAUUUUCUGCUUUGUAAAUAUGCAGAUGUUCUGCUUGAUGUUAUUUUUGU